AUCCGUCUGCGUCACAUCCGACUCCGAACACUACGCUCAAAAACAUGGCGUUGCUUCUAAGGACGGUGGCCCGGCAGGGUCUGUGUUCGUCACGGUCACAGUUUGGCAUUCUCUACAGACAUGCUGUUCCGAUGGGAACCACAGCUAAAGAGGAAAUGAACAAGUUUUGGACAAAAAACACACGACUCAACCGACCUGUCUCACCACAUAUAAGCAUCUACCAGUGGUCUGUCCCCAUGUUGUUGUCAAUCUCACACAGAGGAACAGGCGUGGGACUAAGUUCAGGAAUCUCUGCGUUUGCACUUGCCGCGUUGGUUUUACCAGAGAGUUACCCAUAUUACCUUGAUCUGAUUCACUCCAUGUCCUUUGGGGCCCAGUUCCUUGCUUUCUCCAAAUUUGCUCUGGCUUUCCCAGUGGCUUUCCACACCUUCAAUGGCGUCCGUCAUCUGAUCUGGGAUGUUGGGAAGGGUUUUAAGAUUCCUGAAGUCUAUCGUUCUGGAUACGUUGUCAUUGCUCUGACUGUUCUUGCAUCAAUUGGUCUUGCUGCCAUGUAAAUCCGUCGACAUGAGACACAAAUGAAGAAGAUGUGGAAGUAGAGAAAGGGGUGUUGUUUUGUUUAUCUGUCCUAAACGUGGUCCGCAAGGACCAAAUUCAUUAAUAUAAAAAAUAUAUAUAUCUACACAAAAAAAUAUCCUCAGUGUUGUUGUUUUUCUUCAUGUUAAGUCCCUUGCAGCUGAAGGCAUGGCACAUAGAACUUGGCAUUUGCAAUGAACUUUACAGCAAUCGUAUGCAAAUAUUCAGGAAUGGUCUUAGCAUUUCCUAAACCAUUUGCUUCGUUUUACUGUGUCACUGCAGUAUUUCCAGAAAUGUUGACCUGGGCUUGAUUUCACUUCAGUUUUGGGAUAAAUGAAACCACUUUGGGUAGCAAAGGCCCUUAACAAAUUAACCUCUAGACUCUGGACAAUAGAAGCUCCUA